AUGGCACGUGCUACUCCAGCGGCGCUGACGUCGCAUGGCGUGCGCCGUUUCUUCGAUGGCGCUGACCACACUGUACCCAUUAACGUCCAAGUGCUGGGCAUCUAUCGCUACGUAAUCGAUCCAGCACUCAAGACGCAAAUGGGGUCAGCUUUCCACGACACUCGCGACGUUUUCGACGUGCUCGUGACCGACGGACGCUACAAACUCAAGACCCUCCUCGAUCCCGCGUGCUACCGUCUCGUCUACACACGAGCGCUCCGUGCGCGUAGCAUCCUGCAGGUGCACAAAGUAAAAGUGCUUCGGAACAAUGCCGCUGGAAGAAGCGCACGAAGUGUCGUUGUGCUGGAGAAAAGUGAGGUACUGUCGCUCUGUCGCACGAACGAGUUGACGCGGACGGCUGGAGCUCCGCGAGACGAAGUGGUCUUGAAAAGCGACGAGCGGCUGGAGUUUGUCUCGCCAGUGCAUCCACGAGACGUGGAGCUGCUUCCGCUCAUGGGAGAGCGCGUCUACUACUUGCCACUUCGGUCGGACCAUUACACACUCGACUGGGCAUGUAGUUUUACUGGCGGUGAAGCUGAAGACGACUCGCCACUGGAUGAGCUGGAAAGGGACUGGGCCCGUCGCUAUGGUGUCCCUGGAGCGACUGAUGACGAAGGUGACGAUAGCGGGUCGCACGAUAGACUGAACGAAGUGACGCCAAGUGCAGUAGUUGCGUGGAAUACUGAACCAUUGUACUGCUCGGAUCUAUUCACGCCCGAGUGCAAGAGCAUUUUCACGAUUUUGGAGGUGCUUGAGAAGAUCCAGCAUGACGAAAUGGACGGAUCGAGCAAGACGUACCCGCCCAUGCUUGGAGCUAUUCGGGUCAAGUCCCAGCUGAUCAACUUGAACGAUCCAGACGUUGCGAACCCGUUUCCAUUUGCGUUCAACGCGGUUGUCGUGGAUUCUGCGGGAGUAUUCGAGGUGUUGUUUCUCGGCUCGAUGUGCGCAAAGUACUAUUUGUCGUUGCACGAAGGUGAUCUCAUCCAGUUUCGAGGUUAUUCGACCAUGUGUCCGCAAAAGCUUCAGCUGACGUUGACAACCAGUCCCUUGAUUUACUACGGACCUGAUUCGUCUGGCAGUGCUCUUCAUGUGCCGAAGCGAUACUGGAAAGUCUUGCAAAUGACAAAGGUGGCACCACGUCUGCUAGAAGGUAGCGGCGACAUUUCUUCAGUACCGCAGCAAACAGGUCCAUGCAGUGAUUCCCAGCUGCGUCCAUCGUGGCUCGAGUGCAGCUUCGUGACCACUUUGAACACGUUGCGUUGGGAUAAGAGUGCGCUUGGCAGCUUGCACAUGAUGUACUUCGACUUUGUCGGCGUGCUAUCGAAUGUGAGAAAGAUCUGCCUUGGUCGGAAGCGCGAGUUGGACGACAAAGCCUGCAGAAUGACGGUGUACCGGUGGGUGAAGAUGAUUGACAGCAGCUCACCGCACGAAUUGGUCGUCAGAGUGAGCGAGUGCUCUCAGCCAGCUGUGUUUCGCGCCCUCGAGGCAGGCGAUACGUUGAUGAUCACUAAGCUUCAGUGGGCUGUGCUGUCUGGUGCCGACUCAAACGGUGCCCGCAUCCAGUAUGCCACGACGAGUGAAUUUUCCGUGCUUCGUGUGAAUGAGGCUGUAGCCCCGUUUCAAUCGAUCGAGGAAUGCCACCGCACUAUGCACUUCGCCAGCAGUGUCAGGAAACACGCUGUUAUUGAAAAGGAUGAGGUUACGGAAGAGAGCAACAUGGUCACGCACACCGAAACGAAGUAUUGUCCCCGGAACCGCUUGCCGACAAGCGCCGAGGAGUUCAAGCAAGUGUUCGGUCUGACCGUGUGUUCGCUGAGUGAUCUGUCGGUGCUAUUGCUGCAUUCGGAAGCCUAUGAGUAUCGACACGUCGGAUUCGUUGGUCAGGUGCGCGCUGUCAUUGACGAGACUGAUCCAGAAAAGGAUGGGCCGUCCGUUUUGCUGCAGCUCAGCGAAAAAAGGAACAUGGAGCAAAUGUUGAUCGUCGCAGUGACCAUCAAUGUACUGUACCAGAGACCAAGCAUCAAGAGGAGUGUGAAGACAGUGACUUUGCCCGAAGCACUUCCGUUGAUGAGGCUUUUGCCGGCUGACGUUAUCGACAACAUUUAUGUCAAAGCUCUGAGCGAUGGAGCGCGACCCACUCGACCCGGGAGUCGGACAUUAUCGCUAUCGCUGAUCGAAGAGUACCUGGUUCGCUCGGAGUGCGACUACUUCUUCUCGUUGCGACUCUACCGUGAUGGCAGUGGACACGUUACCUGGACAGUCGAUGCCAUUCUUAACGUGCCAUAG